AUGCCAACUCAACUUCAUAGCCAAGAAGGAAACGAAUUGUACCAUCGCACACCCGAAAAGUCCUAUAAAUACUCGAUUUUUGGUGUGAACAAAAUGAUGGAUUUCGCAUAUAUUCCCAUCUCUAAUGUGGAGCGUAACAACCGAGGCUUUUUUACUGAGCCUCAACCCAAGGAUCCUUCAUACUAUCGAAAAGGACUAAUUCAGCUCAAGAUCAAAGAGCCAAUUGAUGUUCCUGUAUGGACCUUAUCCGAUGACAAGGUUAUUAAUGAGAAGCCUGUCAUUAUGAACAAUCAUGACAACAAGAACAACAACAACAACAAUAAGAUGAGCAACAACGCCAGUUCCAGAACGUUUGUAUGGCCAUAUGAUGGAAGUCAUGUAGUCUUGACUGGUGAUUUUGAUCAUUGGAAAGGAUCCAUUGAAAUGACACCUGUCAAUGGCGUGUUUGAAGCAAUUGUCGAUAAUUUGGAUCGCUCCGUGGAUAUUGAGUAUAAAUUCAUUGUCGAUGGCAAAUGGUGCUAUGACUUGAAUACGGACAAUGUCAAAGAUGAAGGUGGCAACAUCAACAAUAUCAUCUAUGCACAAGAAUAA